AUGGCAGCCCAAAGAAUAUCAUCCAUCGCCUCGCAGCUCCUGCCCGGCCAGAAGCCGCUCGACAAGAUCACACAGCAGAGCCCCGACGAUGUCGUUAUCACCCUGGCCAUCCGAACGCCUCUCACCAAGGGCCGCAAGGGUGGUCUCAAGGACACAUCCCUCGAUGGCAUCGUGUUCAAGCUCCUCCAACAAGUCAUCCACAAGUCCCGGAUAGACCCUCAGAUGGUCGAGGACAUCUGCCUGGGCAACGUCUCCGAUGCAAAGGCAGCCUACUACUGCCGUGCCGCCAUGCUCGCCGCCGGCUUCCCCGUCACCACCUCCGGCUCCUCCGUCAACCGCUUCUGCUCCUCCGGUCUCAAGGCCGUGCAGGACAUCGCCAACCAGAUCGAACACGGCGACAUCGACAUCGGUGUCGCCCUCGGUGCCGAGUCCAUGACCGCCGGCGGCGAUCGUCUCGAGCGCCCCUUCUACGACGAGAUCCUCAAGGCCAACCAAGACGCCCGCGACUGCAUGAUGCCCAUGGGUCAGACCUCGGAGAAUGUUGGCAAGGACUUCGACAUUUCUCGACAAAAGCAAGACGAGUACGCCGCAGAAUCAUACCGCCGUGCAGAGGCGGCGCAGAAGGCUGGCUGGUUUGACGAUGAGAUCGCUCCCAUCACCGUCAAGCUUGAUGGCAAGGACGUGACACUCACCAAGGACGAGGGACCAAGAUGGGGCACAACAUACGAAUCGCUCUCCAAGAUCCGACCUGCAUUCCCAGACUUCGGUGACAGGAGCACUGGCGGCAACAGCUCGCAAGUGACUGAUGGUGCCGCCGCCAUCAUGCUCAUGCGCCGCUCCAAGGCCCUUGAGAUCGGUCAGCCAAUCCUCGCCAAGUAUGUUGGCGCCACCGUUGCCGGUUUGGCUCCACGCAUCAUGGGUAUCGGUCCGUCCAUCGCUGUUCCAAAGCUCCUGACCAAGUACGGCCUCAGCAUCGACGACAUUGAUAUUGUUGAGCUCAAUGAGGCUUUCGCCAGUAUGGCCGUCUACUGCCGUGACACCCUCAAGCUCGACUGGAACAAGAUGAACGUGCGAGGUGGUGCUAUUGCGCUGGGUCACCCGUUGGGUUGCACUGGUGCGAGACAGAUUGUGACUGGUCUCAGCGAGGCACGGCGGCAGAAGAAGAAGAUUCUGCUGACGACCAUGUGCAUUGGUACUGGGCAGGGUAUGGCAGGUCUCUUCGUUAACGAGCAGAAUGUGUAG